CCGUCCGCACUGUAGGCCGUAGGAAGGGGCGGCCAUGUCGUGUCCCCGCCCACCCUGCGGAGCUCUGGGACGGCGCUCCGGCUGCGGCAGCCAAUGUGGACGGCGCGUGUCGGGGCGGGGGCGGAGCUCGGCGUUGAGUUGCCGCAGCGCCACCGCUGCUUGUAAACAGAUCCCGCCCCUGUGACGUGCGGCGGUACCUGAGCGGGGGCAGCGCGCAUUGUCCGCCUUGGCGGUGCGUGCCGUGAGCUCGGCCCAGGCCCUGUUCUGCCCGAGGAUCCUCGUCGUUCUCGUGCCGUGGCACAUCGCUCCCAGCGCUCCACGCCAGCCGCCCCCUUUCUUUCCCCCCCGCCCGCUCUAAGAUGGCUGGCGGUGGGCGGUGAGCGGCGAGGGCUGCAGGCUGCCGGCCGGCCGGCGAGCGGGGGCGGCCGACGGGACGGGAGCGGAGCGGAGCGGCGGGGGGAGGCGGCCGCGCAGCGCCAUGUCCGCCUUCGCGCUAGAGGAGACGCUGGAGGCCGACUGGGUGGCCGUGAGGCCUCACGCUUUCCAAGAGCGGGAGAAGCACAAGUUUGUCUUUAUCGUGGCCUGGAAUGAGAUCGAGGGCAAGUUCGCCAUCACCUGCCACAACCGCACGGCGCAGCGGCAGCGCAGCGGCUCCCGCGAGGCCCGCGCCGCCCCCAAGGCCUCCAGCCCCGCGGCGCGCAGGGGCGCCGAGCCCGCCCUGCUGCCCCGCGCCGAGCGGGUCGAGGCGCUGCCCGGCAGCCCGCUGCGAGCACCACGGGCCGGCACGGCGCGCAGGGCGGCGCGGGGCGCGGAGGCGGCUGCCGAGGAGAUGGAAGUGCUGGAGCUGGGCAAGGAGGACGCGGCCGAGGCGGGCGCUCCCGACGCGGAGCCCGCGGGGGAGGAGUGCAGCUGGGCCGGACUGUUCUCCUUCCAAGACUUGCGCGCCGUGCACCAGCAGCUCUGCUCGGUGAACUCGGAGCUGGAGCCCUACCUGCCCGCCUUCCCUGAGGAGCCCUCGGGCAUGUGGACCGUGCUGUUCGGGGCACCGGAGCUCUCGGAGCAGGAGAUGGACGCGCUGUGCUACCGGCUGCAGGUCUACCUGGUGCACAGCCUGGACACCUGCGGGUGGAAGAUCCUGUCGCAGGUGCUCUUCACCGAGACCGACGACCCCGAGGAGUACUAUGAGAGCCUGAGCGAGCUGCGGCAGAAGGGCUACGAGGAGGUGCUGCAGCGGGCCCGCAGGCGGAUCCAAGAGUUGCUGGAAAAACAUAAGAAUACAGAAAGCAUGGUAGAGCUGCUUGAACUGUAUCAAAUGGAGGAUGAGGCCUACAGCAGCCUGGCUGAAGCUACCACCGAGCUUUACCAGUACUUACUACAACCAUUCCGAGAUAUGAGAGAACUUGCAAUGCUGAGAAGACAACAGAUAAAGAUCUCAAUAGAGAAUGACUACCUAGGCCCCAGAAGAAUUGAGAGUCUGCAGAAAGAAGAUGCUGAUUGGCAGAGGAAAGCCCACAUGGCUGUACUUUCUAUUCAAGAUCUUACAGUUAAAUACUUUGAAAUAACAGCUAAAGCACAGAAAGCUGUGUAUGAUCGAAUGCGAGCAGACCAGAAAAAAUUUGGUAAGGCAGCAUGGGCAGCAGCAGUGGAACGUAUGGAAAAGCUUCAGUAUGCAGUUUCUAAGGAGACUUUGCAAUUGAUGCGUGCUAAAGAAAUCUGUUUGGAGCAGAAGAAACAUGCACUAAAAGAGGAGAUGCAAAGUCUGAAGGGUGGUACAGAAGCCAUAGCCCACUUGGAUCAGUUAGAAGCCGACUAUUAUGAUCUGCAGCUUCAGUUAUAUGAAGUGCAGUUUGAGAUCUUGAAAUAUGAAGAGUUGCUGCUGACAGCACAACUUGAAAGCAUCAGAAGGCUGAUAUCAGAGAAGAGAGAUGAAGUGGUAUAUUAUGAUACUUACGAAAGUAUGGAAGCAAUGCUUGAAAAGGAGGAUCCAGCAACAUCCGUACACUUGCAAAAAGAGGAGCUGCAAAAGUUACAACAAAAAAUCCGCCAGCUGGAAGCAAGGCGUGGACGAAUUUCAGCCAAGAAAGCCUACCUCAGAAAUAAAAAGGAGAUUUGUAUUGCAAAGCAUAAUGAAAAGAUCCAGCAGCGUCAACAGAGUGAAGAGGAGUACAAAACGCACCACACUGUUCAGCUAAAGCGAGAUCAGCUACAAGAUGAAGAGGAAAGAAAGAGCUCCUGGGUUAGUCAGGAACGUCAGAAAACACUGGACAGACUUCGCACAUUUAAACAGCGGUACCCUGGCCAAGUAAUACUUAAAUCAACCAGACUACGACUGGCUCAUGCAAGAAGAAAAUGUGCAGCCAGCUCAGCACCUUCUGUAGAUCAGCCUCAAUCUUUGCCAGCAACCAUACAAAUCCAAGAGAAAAGUGAAGAGGUGGAAAUGGAAAACGCAGUUAAGCCUUUGCAAGUGCAGGAAUCCACGAGCUUAGAACAACUUCAAGAUAUCUUGUUACCUCCCAGCAGUGUUACGUCUGAACUGCCUCAAGUUAGUCCUUCUCCACUCAUCAGUACUGAGCAGCAAACAGAAACUGUUAGUGUAGUACCUCUUCCACCCCCUUUGCCUCCACCACCUCUGCCUCCACCUCCACCUCUGCCAUCCAAGGAAGAUACCACCAAAUCCUUGGAGAAAAGCGGCAGCUUUGUCAAACGUCAAAGUGAAGAGAAGGGAGUCCAGCACUCUUCCAGUGUCCCAACAGCAUAUCUAUUUGACAGCAGUCAACUAGUCAGUGCCAAGAAGAAGCUUAAGAAGACAGGUGAUCUAGAGGGUUUACAGAGAAGGAGAGUGAGUUCCCCGAUGGACGAAGUGCUGGCUUCUUUGAAGCGUGGAAGCUUUCACUUACGAAAAGUGGAGCAAAGAAGUCUCCCUCCUUUUCCUGAUGAAGAUGAUAGCAAUAACAUCUUGGCACAGAUCAGGAAAGGAGUGAAACUGAAGAAAGUGCAGAAAGAUGUGCUGAGAGAAUCCUUUACAAUUCUGCCUGAUACUGACCCUCUGACAAGGAGCAUCCAUGAAGCAUUGCGACGAAUUAAAGAAGCAUCACCUGAAUCAGAGGAUGAAGAGGAGAGUUUGCCUUGCACAGACUGGGAAAAUUAACCUGUGAUAUACAGCCACUGAAGGGAGAAAGGAACCCCCAGUUGAAGACCACUUUUCCUCUUCAUUUUGAAAAUGCAGAGCCAGCAGUUUUGACCAUCAGUUCCGCAGGCGGCUUUUCUUUCACAAAGAUAUAGUCUUUCUUUGGCAAAUGAUUCAGCAUCUGGAAAAAAGGGCUUGAAAUGGAAAUUUUUCAGGUCACUUUUUUCAUUAUUUGUUCUAAAAAAUUUGGUUUGAGUAGAAAGCUAAGUUGUUCUGACAUGCAUUUUAUGUAAUCAAGAAUGCCUGACUCUUAAGCACUUUUCAUAUUUGUAUUAGUAGUGUGUGGCCAGUUGUCAAUGGUUUAUGGGCUGGUUCUUCUCCUCCAGACAGGUACCAAGAACAGGAGCAGGAACACUUUUAACUCCAAGUGCACUACAUAACGUUAUGUGGAACACCAGUAACCAAGAAUCAUAAAACUGUGACACCAGUUAAGUGGAGAGAGCAUUUUGAGCUGGGAGUGUAUUUGCUGUUAAAGUAACUGUGAUCUGGCUGGAACAACAAAACAGGUAUUAAGAACUACCCUUCCUGCACUGAAUUGCAGGACUGCUUGAAACUGCUUGAAAGCCAGUUAAGUAGGUCCUCACAGGAAAGUAGCAGAGAUGUUACAGAAAGAGCAGGAUUCCUUGUUGCACCAUGGUAGCUGAAAUUCAGUUAUGUGCAACUAUUACUUUUUUUUUUCUUCUUAGUUUGAAGAAAUGGUAUGUCAGUAUGAAAAACAGCAAGUGGUUACAGCAUAAUGAGAAGUAGGAGCUGAAUUCAGUACAUCUUUAAGAAUGUGUUUCCAGCAAGAUGCAGUUAUAGGAAGACAUACUGGCAGCACCGUUUUAGAAGGUCAUUUGUAAUCUUAAGCUUUACUAAUGUAGACAUUUUCAUGCUUUUUUAAAAUAAUUUUCAGCUGUGUUAAACCAAGUAUACUUUAUCAUUUCUUGUAAGAAGCAAUAUUUUGUAAUUUCAUACUCAGAAUUAUUUUUCUGUUUGGCUUAAAAGGCUUUGUUUGAAUACUGUAAGCAGCCUUCUUUUUAAAAAGAUCAAAGCACUUAAGCAUACUUGAUAUUUCAGUUUUGAAAAUAGGCUUUUCUUGCUUUUGUUUUUAUUUUAUUCUCCUCAGUGGCUGCAGAAAUGUUUGUACUUCAUAGCCAAAGGCCUGCUGGCUGAAAAAAAAAAGGUUCCCUUUUGUUCAUGACUUUUUUUUUUUUUUUAAAGGAAGGUUACAACUUCCUCUGCAAUGAAACACUUAGAAUUAAUCCUAAGCUUGGUGGCUGAUGGCUGCUGACAGCUGCACUGAGAACGUGUAUCACUAGGGUAAGAGGUGUCAGGGGAGAGAGAGUCUUGGAACAUCCAGAAGCACCGUGUGAUACUACAGUCAGCCUGUUAAAAUGUUAGGAAAGCUGAAUUCUCACCAGCAUUUUACUUGUAUUGGCGUGACAUGCUCUGCGUUUGAGAAGUACGCGGUCUGUGUCCUUGUGUAGUACGUUCCAUUCACCAUUCCCCUUGUGGGAAAAAAACAACUACUAUGGGGAUAGUGUCUUGUUGGUUUUGUUGUUUGUUUGUUGUGUGUUGUUUGGGGUUUUUUUUUAGAGCAAAGUUAUGCUUUGCUGCUGGCAUACAAUGGAACACGUGCUGUGUCAGUGUUCCUGGCAGGACAUUGCAUGUCUUGCUGUUUACUUCAGUAAAUAGAAACAGAAGCACUCUCUUUAGUAACAGGUUACAUAAAUGUGCAGGAGCCUCAGAGGUUGGACCCUUCAGCUGUUCUGCUGUGGCUGUCCUGAAAUUAAAGCUUGAUUGGACCCUUGCUAUUGACAGGCAUUUUCUUAACCUUGUUGCCUUAUUUAUGGUAAGUGGACAUUCAUUCUUAGAGCACCCAUGAGUAGAGUUAUUUCAGAGCUGUACUGAUUUUUGCCAUAUGUAUUAGUUGUCAGGUCUACAUGCUUCUCUCCUGAGAUCGGUUCUAUGGCACACUUCAUACUGACUUUUACAAGGACCUACAGCUACAAGGCGUAUUUUUCUUAAACUGCUUUUCUGAACUCAUUAAUGGUGUGGUUGUAAGCAAACACUGUGCUCAUGCAGCAAUAACCGUGAUUUCAAAGUUUAUCAUAGUCAUUGGACGUUUGUUGCCUGUAAGUGGUGUUUUUUUGCUCUGCGUUUGUCUUCACUUCCAGUCACACCACACUUUAAAACUGAGUUAAAUAAAUUUUUGGCCACAGCACAAAGCAGAAUUUGUUGUAGAAUGGUAAUUCAGGUUAUACGAUUUAUCUGAAUCUUAGUGCUGUAUAAGUAGUGGUGAUUGAGCAACGAUGUCAGUUUUUCCUAUUUUCCAGCCUGCAUAUUCAUUCCUUACAGUGUGCAUAUGGGACUCCAGCAAAAGUUGAGGUCAAGAGAAAAUAUCAUAGUUCUAAAAUAUAGGCACAAUGGUCCCUUUGCACAGUGUUGUGUCUACAGUUUACGGUUGUGUUGUGAUAAAUAUAAGUAGCUCAAUGCUUUACUGUACUGCAGCUUUUGGAUUUAUUUGCUGUGUGGUCUGUCAGCUUUGCCUUGAAUGUGUGCAUGACUGAGAAAAAUUACUGUCCUUAAUCUGGUUUAUAUUUAGUUGAAAUCUUAGAUUCCUGUAAUAGCUUAGUUUAUAGAAAUGGAUUUCUCAUAGGAGCAAGUGUUUUAUGUGCACACAAAGAAUAGUUGUUGUGCAGAGCACAGCAGCUUAUAUCAGUUCAGAACUGCCAUCUUCCACAUGGAAUGAAAAUGGUAUAUCCCGCACAUACUGCGGGGAAAAAAAAAACAACCCCAGAUCCUAGGUUUUAAUCUUAAACAAGUCACUAGAUGUCACAAUUUCACAUCCCCACUGUGAUACAGAAAUUGUGCACACAUGGUGUGCAGACUAAUGCAUCGAUCUUCCCAUCCUUCUCUGCGACAUGACAGUUUGCAGGGGGGCGGCGGGAGCAGCAGAUGGGGAGAGUGUGGUCACAAGAACCUUACGGGACUUCUGACAAUCCUGCAGAUCUGGCUCUUCCAUAGCUGAUAGAAGCUCUAAUGAAUGUGUUGGUCCUUGAGACACCAUAGCGAGCAUCAUCACAAGGAAAUCAUUUAGGCAUAUGCAAGGAAAGAGAAUUUCCAUGAAAAAGGCCUUUCUACGUAUCACUGAUAUUUUUCUUUUCUGUCUGGGAUUUGCUGUGGUGGUUGCAUCCAUCUGUUGCUUGUUGUUGAUCUUAAGCAGUCUGCCAGCUCUCAUGCUUUUUACAUCUUUAGGAACUUGCUUUUGUGGUUCUGGUUAAAGCUGUUCUAUACGGUAUGACUGAUCCAUCAUGCUGAGGAGGUGGAAUGUGUGUUUAUUGUGCAGAUGCUAUCUGAGGACUGAAACAUCUGUGAAUGAGAACAAGAAAUGAAAAACGAAACUUGCAGGUAACCAAAGCAUCAAAUAGGAAGGCGUUCAUCAGAAACUGUAUCUGCAUCAACAUGUGUUUUCCAUCCUCUCAUUCACAGAGGUUCCAGAUCCUUUAGAAAUGAUUGAUAUUCUUGGCGUGUUCACUUACUUUUCGUGCCGUAGUUAUUUUCCUUAAGCAUCACUUUUAAGGUUUGCUAAAAACUCUGACAGUCUGCGUCCUACACCAGGCACCUGUAAAAUAACUUAGUAUUAUUAUAUAUUGUGUUUGUUUUUGGUUUGGUUUUUUUUUUUGGUUGUUUUUUUUUUUUUUGUGGCUGCAUUGGGGAUAGAACUCAACUUACUUCACUAUGUUAUUUGUAAAGAAUCAUUUUGAUAUAUAAGCACUAUAUUCUGUAAUGUCUAAUAUUAAAGUAAUGACAGAUGUGUUGUUGAAAUGCAACUUACUGAGAGGAGGAAGCAGAAACUGUCAUUGGUCAACGUUCCCCUCGCUUGUUUGUUGCACUGAAUUUCAAGAGUGUAAUUUGUAAAUCGAUUUUGUUCACAUGUGUAAUCAGAUUUUAUUUUCAUUGUAAUGCUUAUGUAAUUAACUUACCUGUGUAUAUUUCUGGUAAUGAUUCCAUAAGCAUGGACAAUAUAUUGUUAUGUUUAGCACUACAGAAUUAAUGUUAAGAACAAGCAAAGCUUAUUGCUAAGGAGCAAACGGAGCACCUUACUGGGAGAGCGCGCUGUGAUUUCAGUGCUGCGGGGCUGACAGACAGGAGGUCAUUCCAAACUUGACUGCAAAUUGCUCUUCAGUGUAGUAAGCACAUUGACACACCGCUACCAGUGCUGUGAGAAGCACAGCAGUGGCUGUUUUUAACCUAUAAAUAUACUGUAAUUUAAAAUUUUCCUAUAAAACGAGUUUAUAUUUAAUUGCUGCCUAAUACAUGUACUUAAAAUUAGGAUUUUUAGCAGGGCUGAGGGUGGGUGGGCAUGCCGGUGUAUUUCUGGGAGGGGCUGUUGUAUAUAAGUUUCUUUGCACUUCCCAUUCAGUUUAACUGUUAACCCAAACCCAGCUCUGACUGCGACUGCGUACUUUAUUGUGGUGGAGGGCACACCUUCUGUGGCCCCAAGCUUCAGCAUUUGACAAGGAAAGGUCUUUCCAUUCAAAUGUGAAUACUCUGAUGUACCUCUAACAUGGAAAUGACCAGGCAAUGAAUUUUACUCUGCUGAACUCAAGAUGACGGUAGAGUAUUAUUUAAAGCCAGUAUCUGAAGGUGUUAACCAGCAUUUGGAAAGAGUCAGAGGGACGAUUGCCUUUUGGUGAGUGCAGCCCUAACUCUGCAGCGUUGUCACUGCAGAGACUGUUACCUGUUCCGUACUGUUCUGCCUUAGGUGGCUUUGACUUUCAGAUCCUUUCAGGAGCACUUUUGAUUUCUGAAUUGCGGAACAGGUGUUGGGGAUCAGGGACACUCACUCAACAUCUCCCAGCGUGUUACUGUGCUUGCUGUAUGUGUUGGAUUUAGUCUUACGUAUUUACAGAUACAUCAUCGCGACAUCCAAGGAAUUGGGAUGGCUGCAGAUUGUCUCGCAUGAAUGACAUCAGUAAAGGUUAAUGAUGUUAACUUCUUUUGUUUGUUUGUUUUUAUAAACCUGUUGAAUAAACGAGAAGUAAUCAAAACCAGUUUGCCAUUCACUAGCUUUGUGCAAUAUUACCGGUAGACUCGAACACUAGUGCUUGGCAGUAAGGAAGUCCUUUAACACUGUUGUAUGCAAAGAAAACGUGUUAAAUGUGUACUUCAUUGUAAAUGACUCUGCAGAUUUGCUAUACCUAAAAAUGCUCAAGGCUAUAAAGUAUUAGGCAACAAGUAUCUCCUGAAAUACAAAAGGUAAACUGAGCAAUACCUAAGAACUAAAACAACUGUAACUGUCUGCCUUUUGCUCUCUUUUUCUUUAGUGCAGAUUCCCUGCCAUGCAAGUUUUCUUUUUGCUGUGUAUUUCAUGUUUUUAUUAUCAUAAAGAUUAAACCUGUACACAAAGUUCUGAACUCACCUUCUUGUACAUGCGAUGUAACAUCAUACUCACAGUUUUGGUGCUUACAAAUGAUUCCUUUUUUCUUUAUUAAAGGAUAUUUAUUUGAC